CACACACUCCUCCUAUACACACACACACACACACACACACACACACACUCAGUGAACCGGGAUCUGAGAGACCCAGCAGCAGCAGCGGCUCUCCGAUGGAGCGGUGGAAGGGCAGAGUGGCGCUGGUGACCGGAGCCUCGGUGGGGAUUGGAGCGGCUGUAGCCCGGGCUCUGGUCCAGCAGGGCAUGAAGGUGGUGGGCUGCGCCCGGAACGUGGAUAAAAUAGAGAAGCUAGCAGCAGAGUGUCAGAGUGCGGGGUACACCGGUAUCCUGAUCCCAUAUAAGUGUGAUCUGUCCAACGAGGAGGAGAUCCUCUCCAUGUUCUCCGCCAUCAAGACCCUUUACCAGGGGGUCGACGUCUGCAUCAACAAUGCCGGCCUGUCUCAUAACGAGCCGCUGCUCAGCGGCCGCACUGACGGCUGGAGGAACAUGAUCGACGUGAACGUGCUUGCUUUGGCAAUCUGCACGCGUGAGUCCUACCAGUCCAUGAAGGAGAGAAACGUGGACGACGGACACAUUAUCAACAUCAACAGUAUGGCAGGGCACAAGGUGAUGGCGAACGCGGACGAGCACUUCUACGGCGCCACCAAAUACGCUGUGACGGCCCUCACCGAGGGGCUCCGACAGGAACUGCGGGAGGCUAAAACACACAUCCGCGCCACGUGUAUAUCUCCAGGCAUAGUGGAAACCGAGUUCGCCUUUAGGCACCAUAAUAGUGAUCCAGAGAAAGCUGCAGCUGUGUAUGAAAGUAUAAAGUGUUUGAAAGCUGAAGAUAUAGCCAGUGCAGUCAGAUAUGUUCUCAGCGCUCCUCCACAUGUUCAGAUCGGAGAUGUGCAGCUGCGGCCGGUGGAACAGGUGUCUUAGCAACAGUGAUGAUGGGCAGAGCGACGUGUCAGAGGAGAGGACAGAGCCAGCAGCAGCAGCAGCAGCAGCCGUGGCUCUCUGGCAACACCUGCUGGACUAAACAUGUACAACACCUAGUUUUAAAACAAACAGUGGAUUUUUGAAGGGAAUUUGGGUUUGCUUUGUGGAAAACCAGGGUGGAGGAAACAGUAACAGAUCACAAAAUCCGAUGCCGAGCGAGAGUGGUCCGUUUUCUUCCUCCUACAUAAAGGAGAGAGAGAGAUAGAAGAUUGGUUCUGUUCCAAUUUACAGAUACACUGCUGCCUCAAUGUGAACAGAAUUCUUUUAGUACGGGGAGUUGUUGUUUUUAACUGGAAACGGAACGGGGGCUAACCAGAUCGCGUACGAUGAUCAGACAGAACCCGUACCGACCACCUUUACAGGAACAAAAUGCCGUCAGUUGCACAUAUGAGUUUCUUUAUUUGUUCUUAGGUCAUAUAACAUAUCUGUUUUUUAAGAAGUGAAGGACAGGAAAACACCCAAUCACGUAACAGUAACAAUUAUAAUUAAUUAUAUAUACAGAUAACACUUACUGACACAAUUAUAGCGAAUUAUACAAGACCCCAUUCACACCUCAUCACUUCUUGCAUCUUGAGUAUCAGAAUUAUAUUAGGAUAAGGCAAACAUAAAAUAAACUUAAAAAUACAAGUGUAAACACAUCCAAAACACACUUAAACAGAGCUGACUACUAAAGAAAAAAUGACUUCAGUAGGUAGUCUGAGACAUGCUUUAAACAGAUACAAAUCCAAUCACUCAAACAAUAAACUUCAGGAGGUGGUCUGAGCCACAUUUAAAACAGAUACAAAUAGGGUGACUCAUGUUCAGAAGGUGGUCUGAGAUACACUUAAAAUGCAUACACAUCCGAUCACUCACACGACUUCAGAAGAUGGUCUGAGACACAUUUAAAACUGAGGCAAAUCUGAUUAUUGAAUCAAUUGUAGGGGGAUGAUCUGAGAUGCAUUUAAAACAGAUACAAAUCCAAUCAGUCAAACAAAAAACUUCAGGAGGUGGUCUCAGACAUGCUUUAAACAGAUACAAAUCCCAUCACGCAAACAAACUGCUUCAGGUGGUGGUCUAAGACACAUUUAAAACAGAUACAAAUAGGAUCACUCAUGUUCAGAAGGUGGUCUAAGAUACACUUAAAAUGCAUACACAUCCGAUCACUCACACAACUUCAGAAGAUGGUCUGAGACGCAUUUAAAACAGAAACAAAUCCCAUCACUCAAUCAAACUGCUUCAGGAGGUGGUCUGAGACACGCUUUAAACAGUUACAAGUCCAAUCGCUCAAAAAAAACUUCAGGAGGUGGUCUGAGACACAAUCAAAAAUAGAUACAAAUCCCAUUACUCAAACAAAGCGCUUUAGGAGGUGGUCUGAGCCACAUUUAAAACAGAUACAAAUAAGGUGGUUUGAGAUACACUUAAAAUGCAUACACAUCCGAUCACUCACACAAGUUCAAAAGAUGGUCUGAGACGCAUUUAAAACAAAUGCAAAAUUCUGAUUUCUGAAACUAUUGUAGAAGAUCAUCUGAGAUACAUUUAAAACAGAUACAAAUCUGAUCAUUUAGACUACUUUAGAAGGUGGUCUGAGACGCAUUCAAAACAAAUGCAAAACUCUGAUUUCUGAUACUAUUGUAGAAGAUCAUCUGAGAUGCAUUUAAAAUGGAUACAAAUCUGAUCAAUCAAUCAAACCACUUCAGAAGUGGUCUGAGACACAUUUAAAACAGAUACAAAUCCGAUCUCUCAAACCACUUCAGAACGUGAUCUAAGACACAUUUAAAACAGACACGAAUCCGAUCACUCAAACACCUUUAGAAGGUGAUCUGAGGCGCAUUUGAAAACAAAUACUCAGAUUUUUUAAAUAAUUGUAUUAGAUGAUCUGAGAUGCAUUUAAAACAGAUACAACUUCAGAAGUUGGUCUCAGACCGACUAGCGAUUAUAAACCAAUCUUUUGUUUUCAGGAUAAAACCCAAAUACUAGUUCUCUUUGAAGUGACCAGGUGUAAAUGGGGUCUAAAUGUCUCAUAAAGGCUUUUAACACAUCUCUAAAGUUUUAAAUCAGUUUUAUGUAAGUUUUAUGUACAGUAUGCUGGGGUUUAGGGGUUUCACACCAUUAUUCGGAUAUAAGACUGAAUUCAUAUGACUGAAUCAAAUUCCAAUAUGGCUGCACAGCAAAUAUAUAGUACAGUUUAUCACAACUUUUGUGACUCAUUAAAUCAGUUGUACACACAGUACUGUCCAAUGUCUAUCUGUGGACAUACUUCAUUGUGUUUGAAUGUGAUAAUUACUGUAUUGUGCAUUGUUAUCCCUAUUGGUAUGCCUAACAAUGCUAACUAACACUGACAAUCGGGAACAUUAGGAGUGGGACAUAUUUGUUACCAUGUUUUUAUUUUUAUUGUUACCAUAUUUUCAUAUGAGGCGCACCAGCUUAUAAUGCGAACUAUCAAUAAACGUCUAUUUUCUGGUCUAUUUUCAAACAUAAGGCACACCAGAUUAUAAGGACACUAGUACUACAUUAUGUGACACUAGUAAGGAACAAGGGUGUUGCCAUGUUGCUGUUCUAAUUUAGCAGCUCUUGCCGCUGGGGGGUGGAAGUGGUGGGGUAACUAAAGCAAAGCUAAGCUAAGCUAUGUAAACAAAACUGUAAUUAAAAAAAAAAAACAUUUUCUUUCAAAGUCAAAUGAGAGCUGGAUGUUAAUCUACACACAUUUCUCUCCUGAAAACUGUUUAUUUUCGUGAGUAAAGCACUUCUGUUUAUUUACAGUAAGCUUAGAUUUCCAGAUUUCCUCUAAGGCUGGCUGCAGCAGCAUUAGCAUUAGCGGCUAACCAUUAGUGCUAAUCAAUUCCUCAUGAUAGCACUACGCUAUGGAACCCUAAGUGUUCCGAUAAGCCUGGGCGAUAUCAGCUAGCGGUUUGUCCCAUGUAGCUUGUUUCAACAUGAUAAACGGGCAGGCUACUGUCUGAUAUACUCGCCUCUGAACAGCAAAGGAGCUAGCGCUUACCGCGGUUAGUGGCUAAUGCUAAUGCUGCUCCAGCAGUGCUAGCCGGGGUUAGCAGCAGGCUACAGUCCGAUAUACUUACCUUUGGAUGGCGAAAGAGCUAGCGCUUAGCGCGGUUAGUGAGUAAUGCUAAUACUGCUGGAGAAUUGAACUGAAACUCCUGUAAAAAAAAGGACCUGACUGUUAAAAUUCAUACAUAAGUGGCACUGACAAGUUUUGGGAAAAUUUAAGGAUUUUAAGUGAGUUUUAUAGUGUGAUAAAUACGGAAGAAUUGCCAUAAAACACUGGAAAAAUAUAGAAAAACAAGUGGUACAUACUGUCUGGACAAGAGCGUCAGCUUAACACUAUAAAUGCAAAUAUAAUAUUUUGGCAAAGUCUUUAGCAAACUGUUGUUUGGAAAUGUUUUAAAAGAAUGUCCCAUUUUUCAAAUGAUUAAUUAGCUUCAAUGCUGUUAACUUGAGCGCCACCUCAAUCCCAGCUUCAGCAUGCAACUUCUAAGGAAGGCUACAUAAGCCUUCAUUAAACCAAUAUAACUACAUAUCGAACAAACUCCAUAUCAAAGACUUGGUUAAUUUUUUUAGCAUUUGGCUGCUGCUUUUCCACACUAAUAGCAUGUUGUGGAGUUUGCCCUCAGACCAAAAUCUGCUUUAAAAAAACACCUGUCAGUGUAAGAAAAAAAUUACAGAUGUGUUAUAAGACUUUGUAAGGCACCUCGUAAUGCAUUAUAAUUGCGUUAUGUUAAGUGUUCUACUGUUCAAUGAUGAUUAUUGUGUUUUUUUAAGUGUUCUAACCUUUGAUUGUAGCUAAGAGUUUCUCAUAACUUUCUCAUAACCAGAAAUGGAUCCACCUGUAAUUCGAUUUCCAUAUUUUAAACUUUUCAAUCCAGUUUGCCGAGUCUAAAGUACCGUAAGCAUUAGGCAUUAAGCUCAAUGCCUGUUGCUUCAAGAGCUUUAAGAGCUUCCUCAACUGCACACCAGCGAAGAGUUAAAGAGUUAAAGAGCUCACGCUCGUUCAUUUUCUUUAAAAACCUGCAUCAUAACGUGCAUGAUGUCAAACAGGAGAAUGAAGUGCGAGUGAAGUACCUCAGUAUCAUGAAAUCACAUUAUAAAUGUAGUAAAAUUGGUUUUCACUUCUUGGACUCUCGCUGAAGGAUAUAGUAAAACACUGACACCAUUUCCUAGGAUCAUGUGACUAACUUUCAUGUGUGCACAUUUUAAAGGAGUCCUUCUUUUGCCGAGGUGUGUAUGAACAUGGCUGAAGUUCUCAUGAAUUAAACUUUAAAAGAUCAUUAGAACUGAA